AUGGAGUUCUGUAACAGCUGUUCCAACGCUAUGUCGGGGAAGGAAGUUGUUUGUAGAGGUUUUUGCAAAGCUAACUUCCAUUACAAAUGUGCUCAUUUGUCGGAGUCGUUCUACAAGGAUAUUUGUGGAAACUCAGCUAUCUUUUGGCUCUGCAAAGGGUUUUGUGAUUUAAUGAAAAACGCUCGUUUCAAGAAUGCAAUGUCUUCAACUAAUACUGUCAUGUCGGAACUCAAAGAUGCUUAUCAGACUGUGGUCGAAGAAUUGAAGGCUGAGAUAAAAAACAGUCUGAUCGCGGAACUGAAGGAAGAAAUCCAAGGGGGCUUCAAUAGAUUAUCUCCUGCUCUGCUUCCACCGAUGCCACGUCAGUUCCAAUUCAGGUCUCGCAACACACCUAAGCGUUCUCGUGAUGAGGAUGCACCGGACCCAGUGGGACAGCCUACGAAGAUAUUCCGUGGGACUGGUCAACAGGCAAAUAGCGCACUCGGAGGACCUGUGGUGAGUUCGGUUGACAAAUUUUGGGUAUACCUUACUAAAAUCUCCCCUGAAGUGUCGGAGAGUGAUGUGCAAAACCUUGCUCGAGAGUGUCUGCAAACAAACGAUAUCAUAGUGAAACCGUUGGCGCCGAAGGGAAAGCCACUCUCGAUGUUAUCGUUUGUAUCCUUCAAGGUUCUUAGAGCAAAAGAGAUGAAUCCUUCCACCUGGCCUCAAGGAAUUGAGUUUCGGGAAUUUAUCGACAGCGAGCCAAUUACUCGGAAUUUUUGGAAACCAAAGCCGCGCCUCGACCCGGGAGCCACUUCAACGAGCCAGUAG